AUGCUGCAGGACUCCGGGAACCCUGAAUUCUGCGAUGAGUUUCACCGCGGUCCAUUGCACUGGGCCGCCGCGCGUGGCGAUGCAUCUCUUGUGCGACGCAUUCUGCAGGCUGGCUGCAGCCCCAAUCCCCGAGAUAUUAUCGACCGAACGCCCCUGUUUGCCGCUGUUUGCUUGGACCGGGUUCAGGUGGUGAAAGUGCUUCUCGACCACCACGACAUUGAAAUCCAGGUUGAGGACAGACUGAGAUACCCUCCACUCCAAGAGUCAUACCGAAGACAGAAGUUUGGAACUCCCUUCUACGGCAGCCGGCAAACAUGUCGUGCUCGACCUAGGGCCGAGGUCACUGACCUUCUGUAA